AACACUUCGGGUAGCAAGAUAGAAAGGAUAGAUAGAUAGAUAGAUAGAUAGAUAGAUAGAUAGAUAGAUAGUCUACCCCACCCCACCCGCGUUCUGCCUGUUGACAGCUGGGAUAGACUCCAGCAAUCCCCCGUGACCCUUGUGAGGAUAAGCGGCUAAGAAAAUGGAUGGAUGGAUAUUCUGCGAGGUAAAUUAAAGGAGGGGCAGCAUGGUGGAGACCAGUUAGAGCGUCUGCCUCACGGUUCUGAGGACUGGGGUUCAAAUCCCCCCCCCCCCCCCCCCCAUGUGGCGUUUGCGUGUUCCCCCGCUGUGCCCGCGUGGCUUUUCUCCGGAUGCAGCGGUUUCCUCUCACAUCCCCAAAACGUGCGUCAAUCAAAUUAUCAAAAUUGCCUGCGAGUGGGAAUGUUUGUUUCUAUGUGCCCUGCGAUUGGCUGGCGACCAAUUCAGGGCCUCCUGCCCGAAGAUAGCCGUGGUCGGCUCCAGCACUCCCGCAAGACCCUUGUGAGCACAAGCGGCUCAGAAAAUUAUGUGGAAGUCUCUGAUGGUGUGGUCGUACACACGGCUGACUUCGGUGCGGGCAGCGUGGGAUCGAUAUGUGACCUACGAUUGACUGGCGACCAGUUAGCCGGCAUAGCCUCCGUCACUUCCGUGACCCUGGUGAGGAUAAGCGGCUGGGAAAAUGGACAUGGAUGCUCCGUGAGGUAAAUAUCUUGGGAGGGAGAUGUAAGUCCUUCAGGUACUUUCCAUUUCAACAGGUAAGUUGAUUGAAAAAUGAGUUUAUUGGAAAUACAGACACGGUUCACGAGUUUUCUUUCGCUCCGACUGAAGGCACCGAUGUGCCGCUCCUUUAAGGGAGAAAUUAAUAGCAGCGUAGACGUUAUGUUUUGCGAAAUUACCCAAAGACCACCACACCAAACAUUUUAUCUCUACAUCCAUAACAUGUCUUCCACUUUCAAAAUAUUCUACGUCUGUAUACAUCUGCUUGAAACCUUCAAUCCGUCUAUCCUCCUCGCCCAAAGAUUCUGCUGGAUAUGUUUUUUAAUUUUUAAGAUAACGGAGGAGGGGAGGGGGGGGGCCCGAAUAUUCACUUCGGGAUUAUUGUUUUAUUAUUUUCCGGUUAAAUCAGCAGUAGUCAAGUCAUCUUUCUGCCAUCUGGAAGACAUGACAAAGAGAGAAAAUGAAAAGGUAAAAAUCUGAUUCAACAGUACUUAUGUACAAAAUAAAAAAUAAUUUACAAUACCCCUUAUGAAAACUCGAUACAACAACCCCCCCUUACUGCACUCAAAAAGCACAUGAAGGCAUCAAUUGUCGUUAUUUUCUAUGCUGUUUGGAUGAAUAAAUCAUCGAUCUCACCGUUUAAUGUAUAAUUGUUUUGAUGAUCACGAUUAUGUGCUGUAGUCCUGAUGCCUUAAAAUUGUUUUAAUGUAUCAUUUCAGAACCUUUUUUUUAAUGUGCAUGUUUCUCUAGUACCAUUGUUCCCCCCAGUGGUGAUGUAAUGAUGAUGUAAUGCAGUGGCAAUACAGCAGGUGACAUAUUAUUCCAAUGUUUAUUUUAUGUAUUUCUGUAUUCAUUUAUUUGUUCAGCACAGUCAUCGAGAAUUUUUGUUAAAAAUUACUCCACACAUAAAUGCAUGUGUAGACAUUUUGACCUUUUAAUGUGCAAAUGUAAAUAUAUAUUUUCACUCAAUUUUUCACUCCCUUCUUUUUCAGUUCCACCUCGAGAUGGCGCUGCAAGGCCUCAGGAGGAUGUGUGAGCGUUAUUCCUUUUUUUAAAAAAAAAAAAAAAUGUUUUUUAUGUCAUAAUUACAACAGAAUGGGCAUCCUACGUGCGCCUAAUUAGCUCGUGCAUAACGGAGUCUUUUGGGGGGAAAUUGCGCGGACAAAAGCGGAAUUAAAGAGGCGAUCGGAGGGAUAAAAUGGUGUGCAGGGCUUCUUGACUCCUCCUGCUUGGAGGAGGAGGAGGCGGGCCUCGGUGCACCUAAACGGUCGGAGGCUGCUUGCGUGCUCGCCUCAGUGUGCCACCAGCGAAGCCAGCGCGAGCCCCGACCUUCACCGCCCGCAGAAGUCCGCUUCCAAUCGCGCACCUUCCACUUUUUUUUUUUUGCAUGCCGGACGGGCGAAAGCGCCGCCCCGGAGAGCGAUCCGUCGGUCGGACGUGAUCCGAGCCCUUCAUCGGCGCGAAGCAAAACGCAAGGACAGAGGACUUGCGCGCAGGCCGACGGGAAGCACCCGAGCGGAGCCCGAGCGGAGCCCGAGCCGAGCCCGAGCCGAGCCGCACAAGCAGCCACAAUGCCCGGCUUCGACUACAAGUUCCUGGAGAAGCCCAAGAGACGCUUCCAGUGUCCGCUGUGCAGCAAGGCCAUGCGGGAGCCCGUCCAAGUGUCCACCUGCGGCCACCGCUUCUGUGACACCUGUCUGCAAGAAUUCCUCAGUGAGGGAGUCUUCAAGUGCCCAGAAGACCAGCUGCCCUUGGACUACGCCAAGAUCUACCCGGACCCGGAGCUGGAGCAGCAGAUUUUAGCGCUGCCCAUCCGCUGCAUCCACAGCGAGGAGGGUUGCCGCUGGACCGGCCAGAUGAAGCAGCUGCAGGGCCACUUCUCCACCUGCGCCUUCAACGUGAUCCCGUGCCCCAACCGCUGCUCGGUCAAGCUGACCCGCCGCGACCUCCCCGACCACCUGCAGCACGACUGCCCCAAGCGCAAAGUCAAGUGCGAGUUCUGCGGCAGCGAGUUCACCGGCGAGGCCUACGAGAACCACCAGGGCGUGUGCCCCCAGGAGAGCGUCUACUGCGAGAACAAAUGCGGGGCCCGGAUGAUGCGUCGCCUGCUGUCGCAGCACAGCAUGGCCGAGUGUCCCAAGCGCACGCAGCCUUGCAAGUACUGCGGCAAGGAGUUUGUCUUCGAUACCAUCCAGAACCACCAGUACCACUGCCCUCGAUUUCCUGUCCAAUGUCCGAAUCAGUGCGGCACGCCCAACAUCGCCCGCGAAGACCUGGCCAACCACGUGAAGGACAACUGUGGUAGCGCGUUGGUUCUCUGCCCCUUCAAGGAUGCUGGCUGUAAACACAGAUGCCCCAAACUGGCCAUCGGCCGGCACCUGGAGGACACCACCAAGUCGCACCUGACCAUGAUGUGCAACCUGGUGGGACGCCAGCGUCAGGAGAUCCUGGAACUGCGGCGGGAGAUGGAGGAGCUGUCGGUCAGCCACGACGGCGUCCUCAUCUGGAAGCUGAACGACUACUCGCGCAAGCUGCAGGAGGCCAAGCUGCGCAGCAACCACGAGUUCUUCAGCCCGCCGUUCUACACGCACCGCUACGGGUACAAGCUGCAGGUUUCAGCCUUCCUCAACGGCAACGGUAGCGGCGAGGGCUCGCACCUGUCCGUCUACAUCCGCGUGCUGCCUGGCGAGUAUGACAACCUCCUGGAGUGGCCCUUCGCCUACAAGGUCACCUUCUCCAUCCUGGACCAGAGCGACCCGUCGCUGUCCAAGCCUCAGCACAUCACCGAGACGUUCAACCCGGACCCCAACUGGAAGAACUUCCAGAAGCCGUGCAAUGCCCGCAACUCGCUGGACGAGAGUACCCUGGGCUUCGGCUACCCCAAGUUCAUCUCGCACGAGGAGAUCAAGAAGAGGAACUACAUCCGCGACAACUGCGUCUUCGUCAAGGCCUCCAUCGAGAUCCCCCAGAAGAUCAUGGCUUGAGGGGAAGGACUGACUUCUUGACUGGUAGACCCGGAACACUUGGAUAACCCUUUAGAUACUUCUUACCUGACUGACUCUGAAGACCUCCGUGUGUCAGAACCCACAAGAAACGCGCCUUGGAAAUCAAAGAGUGCCUAGAAGUUAAUCUUUUGCUUCGUAAUCUCCACACACAUUAUGGACAUGAUGGUAUGAACCCAAUGGAAGUGGGUGAAGGGCUUCACUCUGCACUUAGAGAUUGAACCUUGGACGGAGUGGAACUCAAAGGAGAGAAGGCAGAAUCCGGCCUGCCUUGCGUUUACAUGCUCUUGUAGCCCACAGCGCUCAUGUUUUAGGUGCAGCUCCGUUGACCCUUUAUGCAAACUUGAGCAAAAGUUCUCCAGAUAGAACUGCUCCCUACUAGGAAACCUUGUUGUUCUAUCUACAUAGUUGGACCGCAGAUCACAUCUUCCAUAGUUGUCCCCUCCCUUGCCCCCGUGAGGUUUUACAUAAAAAAACAAUAAGCACCUUGUGUUGGUCUUCAGAUGAGCACCCUUUGGUCUGUUUCCAUCUGGUUUGUCCCCCCCGGAUUACUGAAGUAGAAAUCAAAGAGACUACGACUGAAACGAAAUCAGGUUUUUGUGAUUAGAAAACCGUCUGAUCAAUCAGGUUUGUCCCUUAGCAGAAUAAUGUUGACCAUUGUCAAGUCGGGAUGCGUGAAGGACGUCUCCCCUCAGUAGGCAUCAGACAAUUGAUCGGUUGAAUUUCUCAUGAAAAGAUCGGAUAUCUUGAAAGAAUUUAACGCCUGAAGGCAGUUUGACGACGCAACAUGACAUUUGGUAGGCGUGUCUAUCAUAAGUAGACAUAAAAAAAAGUUUCCAGAAACCCUUAAAGUCACAGGGAGUCUGCCAUUUAGCUUUGAAGCUGGUAUUCACUGAGCGUUUCAAUGACAAAUCCGUUUUAGAGAUUUGGUCCGGUCGCCUCCCGGACGCCUCCCUGGUGAGGUGUUCCGGGCAUGUCCCACCGGAAAGAGACACCUAUAACGACCCAGGACACGCCGGAGAGACUAUGUCUCUCGGCUGGCUUAGGAACGCCUCGGGAUCCCUCCGGAAGAGCUGGAAGAAGUGGCUGGGGAAAGGGAAGUCUGGGUAUCCCUGAUGAAGCUACUUCCCCCGCGACCCGAUCCGGAAAAGCGGUAGAGAAUGGAUGGAUGGAUGGAUGGAUGGUCCGUUUGCUAGCAAAUUUAAAUCCUAUAUGCCAGACAGAAGGUUGAGACUACAUUCCGAAGAUUUAGUUUUCAUCAGUGAAUUCGACAGAGCAGUGUGGUGAAGUUAUAUGACGUGACAUUAAAUCAGCAAACAAACAAUGAACUUCAAGAAUCCCCGAAAGCCUUUUCCACUGUUCGAUGCUAAAGGAAAUUUGGUUCCCGCUUAUUAGGAGUAGACCCAGACAAAAAAGUCUCAAGACGGGAAGGCCGUCGUUUCGGUUUGAAGCAGCCCUUUUUCCAUCAUUUUUUCAAAGACCCACACAAUAUUCAGAGAUUUUGUCCAAUGGUUACCAAAUUCAAAUGACUUAACCUACAAAUGAAGACGUAAGAGUUUUCAUCAUGCCAUGUGGGCGGAGCAUAACAGAGAAGGAAGUGGCCUCUCAUGGCUUGAUUUUGUUUUGGGGGAAAAAGAAAACGUAGCAUGGGGGGGGAAACCGGACCUGAAAACGUGAACUUCUGCAUCCGUGAGAGGCCAGUAGGACCGGUUUGCGCAAUCAAAAGACGCAUUUCAACGUGAAGGAAAAGCCAUGCGGCCUUUUGACGUAAACAGUUUGAGCUCGGCGCGAGAGGACAAAUGAAACGCGAGUGCAUGCUAACACCUGGACCACAUUUUGUACUGUAACCUGUUCUCUUGAAAAUCGCUCCAUGACUAUUUUGCCACACUCCUUUUUAUUUUGGGUGAUUUUUUUAAAUGUUUUCUUUUUUUAAAAAAAAUAUUGUUUGCUUCUUUGUUUGUAAAUGGAAAAUGUGAACAUCGCGUGGCUACGGUAACCCGUUCAAUGGGACGAUGUGUCGCGAUUUAGUCGCGUACGUGGAGAUGCUCUCCAUCACAGCGCCACCGACUGGACGGAGGACUGUAAAGUGUACAUUGUAAACGUCGUGUACAAAUACAGAAGCACAUUCUGUCCUUUUCCUAACACACAUAUACACACACGCAAGCACGUAUGCACACAAAUAUACACACUGAGUUUCUCUCAUAAUACCAGCUGAUAUUUUACAGUGAUUUCAAAGACGUUUUUUGUACAAUUCUGUAUUUUUGAGAGGAAAAAAACAAACAAAAAAAAUAAUCAGCCUUCAUGGCUAUUUUAUACCUUUGAGUUGGAGAGUCGGGGUCGACUUGGAGAUUCUGUACGUCUGCCCGUCUGUGCGUCUCACGUGUUUGAGCCUCACGUGUUUUGUCUGCAUUAUUUUACUCCUAAAAAAAAAAACAACAAAAAAAAAAGUAUUUAUUUUAAGGCGCCGCCAAGUUGACGCGGGAAACUUUUUAACAUGUCCCUUGAUGAGUGCUUGUCAAUUUCAUAAUUGAAAUAAAAAUACCAUAAACUGUGUUUUAACGGUGGCUUUUCAUUGCAGUAAUUUCAUUUUUUUUUUUUUAAUAACUGGUGAGAAGGUGGCACGAUGGAGCAGCUGGAAGGUGUUGGCCUCACAGUUCUGAGGUCCCGGGUUCGAUCCCGGUCCCACUCGUGUGGAGUCCCAAAACAUGCAACACUAAUCGGAGACUCUAAAUUGCCCCGCGGUGUGAUUGUGGGUGGGGCUGUUUGUUUCUAUGUGCCCUGCGAUUGGCUGGCGACCAGUUCAGGGUGGACCCCGCCCACCUCCUGCCCGUUGACAGCUGGGAUAGGCUCCGGGACUCCCUUGUGAGGAUAAGCGGCUAAGAAAAUGGAUGGAUGGAUAACAGGCGAGAAGAUCUUGUAAUGUCUCUUCACCAAAAAAGGAAAGGGAAAAAAAAACUACAGCGAUGAUUGACCGAACGCAUACUAUUGGAUACCGUUCCGAAAUGACGGCCAGCAGA